AGUUUUGGUAGCUGUCUUCCUGUGUUAAUCUGAUUUACUUGUUUAAGGGCUGACCUCAUCAUCCUGUCAGUAUGGUAUCCCACCUACACAGUUAACAGCAGCUUACUAUUUGCUGUGAGCGCUAGCAGUACUGUGCACUGCUCAGACAAGAAAGGUUUGUUCUUUUUGGUUUCCACACUGAGAGGAUUCGGUGCAGAGGCGUGCAGUAGGAAUAAGAGGAAGCUUGCUUCCAACUACAAUUUUAAAUUUCUCUUGGACAAUGAUGUCUGUCACCGGGAGGAAGGAGUUUGACAUGAAGCAAAUUCUGAGGCUGAGAUGGAAAUGGUUUAGCCACCCCUCGCAGAGCUCUUCUGGAAACACUGGUUGCCUCCAGCAGGAGGGAUUUGAGCACCGUGGCAUGGGUCAGAACAGGUUGAAAAGCCACUCUCGGGACAGAAGUGGGCUCAGGAAAAACAGCAGCCCUAUAAGCAGUUUGCUGGCACCUGUGCCAGGACCAGUUUACAACAGACCGGACUGGCAGCCAUGCCACCAGCAAAAUACAGUUCCACACACACCGGAGAACGAAGGGCUCUCUAAAAUUCCGACAGAAGAGGACUCGUGUAAAGAAGAAGAAAAAGAAAACAAAGAAGCUUUGGAACCAGAGAGUGCUGAUCUUACAGAGGAGUCUGGAGAGAGGCUACUGGUAAAUAGCUGUUCUUCUAACAGGAUGAGCGCUGGCAGUUCAGAGGAGUUCUUCCAGUCAAUAAAUCACGCAGAGCAAACAUUUCGAAAGAUGGAGAAUUACCUCCAACACAAGCAGCUGUGCGAUGUUCUCUUAAUCGUUGGCGAUCACAAGAUUCCUGCCCAUCGACUGGUCCUCAGUGCUGUUUCAGACUACUUCGCUGCCAUGUUUACAAAUGAUGUACGUGAGGCCAAGCAAGAAGAAAUUAAAAUGGAGGGUGUAGACCCAGAAGCACUUAAAGCACUUGUUCACUAUGCUUACACAGGUCUCCUCGAAUUAAAGGAGGAAACUAUAGAGAGUUUAUUGUCUGCAGCUUGCCUUCUUCAGCUCUCUCAAGUGGUAGAAGUAUGUUGCAACUUCCUUAUGAAGCAGCUCCAUCCAUCAAAUUGCUUGGGAAUAAGAUCAUUUGCUGAUGCUCAAGGCUGCACGAAUUUGCUUAAGGUGGCCCACAGCUACACCACGGAACACUUCAUGGAAGUGAUUAAGAAUCAAGAGUUCCUUCUGCUCCCCGCCAGUGAGAUUGAGAAGAUCCUUGCUAGUGAUGAUAUUAAUGUUCCUGAUGAGGAGACCAUAUUCCAAGCUCUGAUGAUGUGGGUAAAGCAUGAGCUACACAAAAGGCAACAGGAUCUUGCAAUGCUCUUGUCUUACAUUAGACUACCAUUACUCUCCCCACAGCUGUUGGCUGAUUUGGAAAAUAAUCCAAUGUUUGCUGAUGACUUGGAAUGCCAAAAACUCCUUAUGGAAGCUAUGAGGUAUCAUUUGUUGCCAGAGCGACGACCCAUGAUGCAAAGUCCCAGAACAAAACCAAGAAAAUCAACAGUUGGAGCACUUUAUGCAGUAGGAGGAAUGGAUACUAACAAGGGUAAAAGUGCCACAACAGUGGAAAAAUAUGACCUCAGGACAAAUACCUGGAUACAAGUAGGCACAAUGAAUGGGAGACGUCUGCAGUUUGGUGUGGCAGUGAUUGACAAUAAACUGUAUGUCGUUGGUGGAAGAGAUGGAUUAAAGACAUCCAACACUGUUGAAUGUUACAAUCCGAUAGCCAAAGUUUGGUCAAUAAUGCAACCAAUGUCCACUCAUAGACAUGGACUAGGAGUGGCAGUACUUGAAGGACCAAUGUACGCAGUUGGUGGACACGAUGGGUGGAGUUACCUGAACACAGUAGAGCGAUGGGAUCCACAAGCUCGUCAAUGGAACUAUGUUGCCAGCAUGUCUACUCCAAGAAGCACUGUGGGAGUUGCAGCAUUAAACGGCAAACUGUACGCAGUAGGUGGCCGAGAUGGCAGCUCCUGCCUACGAUCAAUGGAGUGCUUUGAUCCUCAUACCAAUAAAUGGAGCAUGUGUGCACCCAUGUCCAAGCGAAGAGGGGGAGUUGGAGUUGCCACAUGCAAUGGCUUUCUUUAUACUGUGGGAGGACAUGACGCUCCUGCUUCUAACCACUGUUCUAGAUUGUCAGAUUGUGUGGAACGGUAUGACCCCAAAACAGACACCUGGACAACCGUGGCACCUUUAGGUGUUGCCAGAGAUGCAGUUGGAGUGUGCCUUCUUGGGGACAAGCUUUAUGCUGUUGGAGGAUAUGAUGGCCAGACUUACCUAAACACUGUUGAAUCAUAUGAUGCACAGAAUAAUGAAUGGACAGAGGAGGUGCCUCUGAAGAUUGGAAGAGCUGGAGCUUGUGUCGUUGUAGUGAAAUUGCCAUGAAAGGCUGAAAAGUAUGUUUAAUUGCUACAGGUCCAGAGAGAAUCAAAGAACAUUCUACUGUAUAUAAACAGGCAAUCAUUCCAAAACUGCAUUAGCCUCGCCACUGACUCAGAUUACAGAAUAAGAGGGUCAGAAGGAAUGAGCUAUGUUCUGAUGCAGUUUCACUGCUGAAAUGCAUAAAAAUGAGCCGACUGCAAAUUUAAAUGGUUAUCAUCAGAACCCCAUCAUUAAAAGAACCUCAUCCCAGAAUUUGGCGCAUGUUACCUGAUGUCACUGUGGGGUGGGAUGUGCUGUGUUGAUGAAUGGAAUGCAUACUACUGUAAGAAUCACCUUUCUGGAUAUUUUUAUUCCUAAAGCUUUCUCUAUGACUGAUGUUGCUGUUGGUGUUUACUGGUGUUGUGCUCAAUGUGGGAAAAUAAAUUAUGAGUUCUUAUACGUGUUACUGUUAUUGUAAUUAAAUAUUGCAUAUUACAAUGAAAUAGUAAUCAUUGUAAUAUGCAAUAUUAGCAUCAUGCAAAUGUUUCUGUAAGAAGAAAAAAAUAUGCAUAUUACAAUGAAAUAGGUUUUAUUUUUCAGGACAGUUUUGUCAUUUUAAAGGUGGAAUUUAAAUAAUUAAAAUAAGAAAAUGAAUAUGACACUGUAGAUUCAAAUUUUGUUUCAAAUCAUUGAUAGAAAAUGAUCUUAUAAAUGUGGAUUUUGUAACCUUUACUCCAUGACACUAUAGUCUCCCCACUGGCACAGAUCUUUGUCAUGGGAAGGGUACCAGUAAAGAGGCUGCAAUGCUAUGAGAUAAAAAAGCACAUCUGGGAGUUAUUCCACAACAACUCUGUUUUCUCUUCAUUUCAACCAUCACAGUAUACUAACCAGCAGUAAUAUUAUAAUACAGAAGACCAGAAGACUUUGCAAAGCACAUCAUUUACAUCCAAGCACUAUAAUAUGUAAAAAGAAGUAUUGUUUCCUGAACAGUAGCCUAAAACGUUUAUCCAAAUUUUGAGGAAGUUGCUUAAUUAUAAAUUGGUAAAACAAAUUUUAGAACGUAUAUUUAAUUGUAGAUUGUAAUGUCGCUUUAAGCAUGUUGGACAAUAAAAGAGCAGGGAGUGAACAUAGGGGACAAUUUUACUGCAGGAUUGUGAAUCCAUCUUAUUUAAAAUUAAAGUGGUUCAAAGGUCUGUGGUUUAUUAUGCUUAAAAAUUUUAGUUUUAAAUGCAGUUAGGUAAUCAAAUGGUUGCUAAGGAGCAACUGAGGUGAAAUUUCAAAGUGAAGAGCACAAGCAUUGUUUUUAAUGGAGCUUGAAAUACAUUUUCUAAAUGAGUAAUCAUAAUGACUUGAUAUAACCAUUGGGUUUAAGGACAUAAACCUAUUGAUGAUGACAACAGAACCACUAGGACUUUUAUUACAAUAUUUAAGUGCAAAUAAUAGAAAGAUGCUUCAAAUUUUAAUCUAUAUUUAGAAUGAUUCAUAAAAUUGAAUUUGUUGACAUAAACCUAAAUAUUUAUACAAUGUGGGUAUGUUUUUGAAGAGCUCCCCACACUUUUGACAACCUAAUAUAUCCUAUAAAAUAAUGUCAAAUGUUAAAAAAUAUAUACUUGUGAUUCAAGAUAUAUUUCUAUUGCAUUAAAGUGACCAUUGAAUGGGAUGAGAAUCAUUUUCAUGAUAUUUGAUUUAUUUGAAAUUCUUGCUUUAAUUAGUAUAUCCAUAACAAUAAUAUUACACCAAAGUUAGUCAUAGGUGUAUUUAUGUAGUGCUAGCAAUGCAGAGUUAUAUUUAUGGAGAUAUAUAAAUAUAAUCUUUAAUCCAAAUGUUGAUGUACAUAUCAUAUUUAUAUUUGAAAAUGUUCUAUUGGUGAAUCCAGUUUUCUGAGCCUUUGAAUGUGCCAACAAAAGGAUGGCAAACUCACUGAAUUGACAAACUGAUAGCAGUAUACUUAAAAUGUACAACAUUCCACAACAUUUUACACAACCAUCCGGACAAGUGAGAACAUUUUAUAUUUUCAAGAGUAGUGUAAGACAAGCCUGGAAUAUCGGGGAAUACUCUCUACUGUGGGUAGGGUAGGGUUAACAUAAAUGAGCUGGAGAACAAGUGAAAUGAACAACUUAAAUUUUUAUAUAAAAACAGAGACUAAUUACAGAAAAUGUGAAUUAUAUCUUUGGAUAGUAAUCUUUGCUUCUGAUUCUUGCUGAUUAUAGAAUUUCUAACUUUGGGUAAUGGGCUAAGGCUUCAGUAAACACAUGCAACUCUUCCUUUCUGAUUUCUGCCUCACUUAUAAAACAUCUGAUAUCACAGUUAUUUACAAAUAAUCAAAGCACCCUGUCCUCUGCACAUUCCAGUUUAUUUUGGCCAGCAGAAAUGCACUGAAUUGCCUGUGGAAGUUGGGCUAUGAUAAUGACAUUUUAAUUGGCUAUGAUAUUUUUAUUCUGCAGAAUCAGUUUUAUUGUAUAGAUAAUAAUUAAAGUAAGCCAAUAAUACAAACAAGGUAUACUGCUUGUCAAGUUUGCUCUGCUCUGUACUAAAAAGAAAAUAAAAUGAAUGGCAGAAUUUGACUGAUUCUUGUAACUAACCCAAUUCUUCUAAGGCGUCUGUGUACACUUUUGUAAUGAUUACAGAUAUUACUCAAAAAUAAUGGAAUGUCUCUGUGUAACUAAUUGUAUUUGGCAUGGUUACCACUUAACAGACAAUUGAAUUGUUUCAGAGGUGGUGAAUGUGUGCUCCAAACCUCUGCCAAAAUGUUAUUGUUGUGCUGUUUUUAUGAAGUCUAGGAGCUCUGAAUUCUUCCAGCCCUUACUUGUGAAUGAUGUUUACAGUUUAGCUGCCAGUUUUAAUUCCUCUGCUGCACCUGAAAGAAAUAGCUUUCACUUCUGGAGUUAAUUCUGCUGGCAGAGGCAGUUGUGAUGGACCUAUCGUUUUGUACAAAAACAAUGCAUUUACUGUACAGCACACCAAUUUAUUUGUAACUUUUACACAAAAUACAAGUUAGCAGUAUUUCAAUAAAUUGCAAACUCAGAUUAUUUUGAUUCAAAAGCAGAGUUAGAAACAUUUUUCACAGGUCAGUUUGUUGUAGAUUGCAAUCUUUUGGACAAAUAAUGAACUUUUAGAAGGUUGCAUUGGAUGUAAAAUCCUACCUUUUCGACUAUAAAUUAAACCUGCAACACAAGAAACCAAAAAUAGUACUUAGAGCAGCUAUCUACAAUGCCUUUUGUUACCAAUGAACUCUGCAAAGGCAAUGAAUUAACUUUUCAGUACUGAGAUUUAUAACAAACCUUUGGUCGUUCUACUGUAUAUUUUGUUCAGCAUGUGAGGAAUACUUCCUUUCUUUAAUUCCCUUUUGGUGUACCUAUAUUUAAACUUUCUGUGUUAUUCUGCAGUUACCAGUUUGCAAAUAAACAAAGCUGAUAA